AUGACUUCUCCAAUCAAAUUCGCUCUUAUUCUUGCGCUAUUCUUGUCUGUGGUUCUAGCUCGACCACACAAUCAUCAUCAUCACGGGAAAACUCGUCGACCGCCUCAUAAACCAACACAAAAGCCACAUAAAAAGACUACACUUCCACCAAUUAUUUCAACUUCUCCGCCAGUUUUGUCAUCUGAAGCACCAUCGAUUGCACCUUCCUCAUCUGCUGCUCCAAUUUCUCAAUCGUCAUUGGCACCUUUGCCAUUGGAAUUAUCGACUGAAGCUCCAAAUUCAAGCUCUGAAAUACCAUCUGCUGCUCCAUUAUUAAGCUCAGAAGAGCCACAAUCUUCAAGUUCUUCUCCAUCAACUGAGAAUCCAGUUCCGAGCUCUGAAGCACCAAUCUCUAGUGCUGCACCACAAUCAUCAAUAGAGCCAAGUUCAGCUCCAAUCGUACAAUCUUCGUCAGCACCUUCGAGUGAAGCUCCACAAUCAAGUUCAGAAGAACCGUCUACUUCAGCACCAAUUAUUCCAUCGUCAAGUGCUGCUCCAGAUUCAUCAGUUGCACCGAUCUCUUCUUCAGCAGCUCCAUCGAGUGAAGCACCUUCGAGUGAAGCUCCACAGCCUAGUUCGGAAGGACCUUCCACUUCAGCGCCUUCUAGUGAAGCUCCACAAUCAAGCUCUGCGGCGCCAUCAACUGAACAGCCACACUCUAGUUCGGAAGGACCGUCUUCAGCAGCUCCAUCAUCAGAACCUUCUAGUGAAGCUCCACAAUCAAGUUCAGAAGGACCGUCUACUUCAGAACCUUCGAGUGAAGCUCCACAGCCUAGUUCGGAAAGUCCGUCUACUUCGGAGCCUUCUAGUGAAGCUCCACAAUCAAGCUCUGCGGCGCCAUUAACCGAACAACCACAAUCAAGUUCAGAAGAACCGUCUACUUCAGCACCGAUUAUUCCGUCGUCAAGUGCUGCUCCAGAUUCAUCAGUUGCUCCGAUCUCUCCUUCAGCAGCUCCAUCGAGUGAAGCACCGUCGAGUGAAGCUCCACAAUCAAGUUCAGAAGGACCGUCUACUUCAGCACCUUCUAGUGAAGCUCCACAAUCAAGCUCUGCGGCGCCAUCAACCGAACAACCACAGUCUAGUUCAGAAGGACCGUCUACUUCAGCACCGAUCGUGCCAUCGUCAAGUGCUGCUCCAGAUCCAUCUGUUGCACCGAUCUCUUCUUCAGCAGCUCCAUCGAGUGAAGCUCCACAGCCUAGUUCGGAAGAACCCUCAAGCGUUUCACCUGUAGAAUCAUCAACCGAAGUCCCAUCUACUUCAAGACCAUUGCCACCAAGACCGUCUGGCCCUCCAGUUCCACCUUCGCCUCCGCCAAGACCUUCUGGCCCUCCAGUCCCACCUUCGCCUCCUUCUCCACCAAGACCUUCUGGCCCUCCAGCUCCACCUUCGCCUCCUUCUCCACCAAGACCUUCUGGCCCUCCAGCUCCACCUUCGCCUCCUUCUCCACCAAGACCUUCUGGUCCCCCGGUCCCACCUUCGCCUCCAUCUCCACCCCGCCCAUCUCGUCGACCACUCAAUUAA